UUGGCGGGAAUAAUAUUGAAAAAUACGAUUUGUAGAAAAAGUGUCCGCAAAUUAUUUCUGAUCUCUCAAUUUAAUUUAAUAUUACACUCUUCCUGGUGUUAUCGAUUUAAAAUGGAUGUUACUGAUCUUAGUAAAGUGGCCGGUCGUAAAAGGAUGAAUACUGAUGCAGAAAAGCUGCGAGAAAAAGUUUCACGUGAAACUGCUAAGAUCAUUAAACUGAAGGUGGCCCAGGACACCGCGUACUGGGACCUGAAGGAGCGGCUGCAGCAGCUGCAGGGCGCGCACGAGCGCCUGCAGCAGAACAUGGUGGACGUGCAGAUGCAGCACGAGGCGGCGUCGGCGCACUACACGCGCGAGCUGCGCCUGCGGCCCGCCACGCUCAACCAGCUGGCGGGCGCGCGCGGCGUCUGUGACGCGCUGGAGGACUACGGCGAGCGGCUGCGGCGCUGCGUGGGCCGCGCGCGGGCCGACCGCGCCGCGCUGCAGGCCGCCUACGGACACGCCGGCGCGCGCCUGCGCCAGCUGGCCGCCGACCUGGGCCGCGCGCGCCGCGCCGGUGUGUUAUUGCGGGGGCCAUCGUCCCGCUCGUAUCGUAUUUUUAAUGACUUAAUAUAG